CAUUUCUUCACUGGCUUUAGAUUGCUGUCUGUAGCAAACAACAUUCGAAGGCUGCUUGCUAUUGUUUGUUGUCACGGAAUAACAAACCCUAUGGCUUCCAUCGUGUCUUCCCUGACCUCUGAAAAUGAGGUGAAGCUGCAGAAAUUUUUCUCCAGACAUGUUCAAUUCCAUCUUCUGUACAAGAGCAGUCAUCAUGAAGCCGGUUUUGACCAACUCCUUAACAGGUUUGAUCAUCAUGGGAAGUACGCGAUCAUGCUAUUUCUGAAGUCUGGGGCAGUUUUAGGAGCGUUCAUGAGUAAACCUCUGAAGCAAGGAUUGAAAUAUUCAGAUGAUGAAGCAUUUGUGUUUAAAAUAGAGGGUUACUCUGCCAAACGUUUUCCAGUGUCAAACAACACCAAAGCUAUUACUGUUACUGUAGGUUCAGAUUCUAUUUCUUUUGGAGAGGGAUUAAACCUAAAUUUGAUUAAUGGCUCCUGGUACGAGAGAUGCCACUUAGAUACAGUUUAUGUCAUACAGCUAGAAGUUGGAAAUGUUUGCUGCGUAGAUGUGGAGCUGCACCGUGUCCAAGAUAUAGAUGAUAUUUUACCCAAUCCAUGGAGAGAAGUGGUCUGGCGUGAUACGACCAGGGAAGACCUGAGGAAGAGUUUUGUCUCUUACAAGCUGUUGUUGGAGUCUCUAACUCAGGUGAAGGUUUUACUCUUGGGUCCAGUGGCUUCAGGAAAAUCGAGCUUCAUCAACUCUGUCAGAUCCGCCAUGUACAAGCGUGUGGUACAUCUCCCCAACGUUGGAACAGGGUUUGAGGGGUUCACCCAGAAGAUGACAACGUAUGAUAUCCGGGUUAACCCGAGAGGUUCUCCGACUGUCCUGAGUCUCUGUGAUGUGAUGCCACUAGGAGACGACGACUCUACUGGUCUCUCUUACGCUGAUGCCCUGGCUGUCAUCAAAGGCCACAUCCCAGAAGGAUACAAGUUCCAGAGAGGUGUUACAGUCACUGAUACAGUAAGUGACUACGUAGAGAAACCCACCCUGAAGGAGAAGAUUCACUGCGUCCUCUUUGUGCUCGAUGCCUCCAAAGUGUCAUUGUACCCCAGCAGCCUGGAGUCCACACUCAGGAAACUGCGCACCACCAUAUCGGACCUGGGAAUCCCUCAGCUUGUUUUGCUCACUCACGUGGACCAGGUGUGUCUGGCAGUGCAGAAAGAUGUGAUGGACGUCUACUCCAGUCGACCUGUGCAGGAAAAAAUGCAGAAAGCAGCCACGUUGGUAGGAUUGCCGUUGUCCUACGUUCUCCCGGUGAAGAACUACUUGUCCACGCUGACGGUAGACUGCAACACUGACAUCCUGCUCCUGAGUGCAGUUAUGAACAUCUUACAGGCUGUGAAUGACUCAUUCGAGGACCAAUACGACUUUCCCGUGAACUUAACACCUGAAGAUGACAGGAAGAUCAAACUGUAGAUCACACCCCAUCAUUUGAGUGGUUAUAUAUCAGCUUACAGAAAUCAUAUGGUUAUAUAUCAGCUUAUAGAAAUCAUAUGGUUAUAUAUCAGCUUAUAGAAAUCAUAUGGUUAUAUAUCAGCUUAGAAAAAUCCUACAGCAGAACUGGUCUUAUUCAAAAAUUGUGCAUUGUCGGGAAUGUUAGUAAAACACACGGAUUUAUAUGAUGUCGUUUGUUAUUUUCCAUUUCACGCAUUGUUACUUCUUUAAUCAUUACUGUUAAAGUUCAUGUGCAGAAGUGCAGCAAUGUUUUUCUAUUGCUUGUUUGGUACAUCUAUAAAACCAUGAACAGAACAAGUAGCAAAUUUAAGUAAGAGUAAAUAUUUGUAAGAAAAACUUGUCAAAGUCACAGCCGCAAUGAAAUAAAAUGCUUGAGGCUUUUUGUAAGCAAAGUGUGGAAUAAAUAUGUAAAUAUUA